CAGCUCUCCAACACAACUUUGCCUUUUCUCGCUCACUAACGAUUAUCCCUUCUUCUACUUCUUCUACCCCUUGCGUCGCCUCACGUUAAAUCACAUAUUUCGCUUAGUACUCGACAGCUUUCGCUGCAUGCCUCAUCUUUCGUAGCCUCAGGCAUCGCCCUCUCCAAUGGGAAAGUGGAGAUAUGGUGUCAUCUUGGAUGCUGGGUCCUCCGGGACACGGGUCCAUAUUUAUCGAUGGCUGAACAGCGACAAAGCACGCUCCAAAGCGAGCGAAGAGGAGCUUCAAAGCUUACCCGAAAUCGAAACCGAUAAGAAGUGGACGAAGAAAAUACAUCCUGGCAUAUCUACAUUCGGCGAGACCCCCCAUAAUGUUGGUCCGGACCAUCUCGAUGAGCUGCUUAGCCAUGCGCUUAAAUACGUACCGCUGGAAGAGGUUCCGAAUACACCUCUGUUCCUACUUGCGACAGCGGGAAUGCGCAUACUUCCCCCAGGCCAGAGGAAGGCCGUUCUACAGGAAGUGUGCGAUUUCGCGAAGAAAACCACGAAGUUCCAGCUUCCAGAUUGCAAUCUACACGUUCAGGUCAUACCCGGUGAAACAGAGGGUCUAUAUGGGUGGAUAGCGGCCAAUUAUCUCCUGGGCGGUUUCGAUUCCCCCAAGGACCACGAUCACGGGAAGGGACAUCAUACAUAUGGAUUUCUUGAUAUGGGAGGAGCAUCAGCUCAGAUUGCGUUUGCUCCAAACGCCACAGAAGCGAAGAAACACGCAGAUGAUUUGACGUUGCUGCGCCUACGAACAGUGGGGGGAACCGCACUCGAAUACAGAGUCUUCGUGACUACAUGGUUAGGAUUCGGUGUCAAUCAGGCAAGACAACGAUAUGUCACGGCACUCCUGGAAUCUAGCACAACCACCAAGGAAUUCCCGGAUCCUUGUUUACCCUCUGGGUUGCGAGUUACAAAGGAUGGCAAACCUAUCGAUUCCGACGAAAAGCAAGAAGACGACCGAGAACUUGUUGGAACUGGCAAAUUCUCGGAAUGUUUGCACCAAACGUACCCCUUGUUAGAGAAAGAGAAGGAAUGCCUUGACGAGCCGUGCCUACUGAAUGGACAACAUGUACCAGCUAUCGAUUUCGAUGUAAACCAUUUCGUUGGUGUCUCGGAAUACUGGCACACAACACACGAAAUAUUCGAGAUGGGACACAAAGACAAAGCCUAUGAUUUCAAGACUUACCAAGAGCGAGUGGAGGAAUUCUGCAGCCGGAGCUGGAAGGACAUUGAGAAAGGCAUCUCCAAAAAGAAGUGGGGAAAGAAGGUCGACGAAACAACUGCCUUGGAAGUAUGUUUCAAGGCUUCAUGGCUUAUCAAUGUGCUUCACGACGGCAUUGGUGUUCCACGCGUAGGCCUCGAGGAGCUUCAAGGCGACCAAAACACAACCAAGGCUGUUAUUGAUGGAGCUAAAGAGAAAGGGUUCCUCAAUCCCUUCCAGGCUGUCAAUAAGAUCAAUGACGUUGAAGUGAGUUGGACGCUGGGUAAGAUGGUCCUGUAUGCCGCAAGCGAGGUCCCACCUCCCUCAGAAAACGAUUUGGCAGUGGGAUUUGGCAGCAACGAGGAUGGCAUUCCCGAAAAUUUCCAGUACCCCGGCGGCGCAUAUCUUCCAUACCCGGACACGGACGACGAUCAUCUUCUCGCAGACAACUCCCGAAGGAUUCCGGGGCUCAUAAUAUUUGUUCUCAUUAUUUUUGUGAUCAUAUUUACUGCAUGUGGACGAGAACGGAGACAGUCUGCAGGAAAGAAGUUGGGCCAGCUGUUCGGACGAGGUAGCGGUCGCCAUGGCUCUUCACGGCGACGGCGGGGUUUAGCAGGCAAGCUCUUUGGCUCCAGUGCACCAUCAUAUGAACGUGUCCUCGAAAGUGGAGAGGGUGCCGACGACUUUGAACUGGGAUCAGUGGACUCAAAUUCUGAUCACGAACAGUCAGAUUCGAGCGAUGGAAGUCGACUUGGGCGCACGUCUGGAUGGGCAACUCCGCAGAUCAAAGCUACCCAGGCCACACCAGGGACACCGGGCGUGGAUUCCGACAAUAUUGUAAGUCAGGGUGGAAACUUAGGGUUGGGUCCUCCCGCCUAUGCCAAUGCAAUAGACAGAGGGGGGCUGAUGAGUCGGACAGAAAGCAGAGAGAGAUUAGCGAGAAGCCGACCUAGCUCUCCUGGCCGAUUGAGGAGCGGAAGGACGAACCUGAGGGAGUGAUUUACAUUCAACAAUGUGAUCAGUCUCUCAACGUCGGCUUCAUGUUUAUGUUAUAGACGAAAUUCGCUUCAAUGGGUCAUGAGUGUCUACAGGCAGACGGCGUCUUACCUUGAUAUUGUGGGAUGGAGUAACCAUAUACGGAUUUUUAGGCCUGGGGCUUCGUCUAUUCUAGCGUUGAUAUUACCUUUAUACCUUUAUACCUAUAUCUUUAACUUCUCCAUAUCAUGAAUCUGGAC